AUGCGCCUGCACCGCUGUGAGGGCUGCCUCGCGGCCUGCGGGCCGGAGCGGCGCGCGACGCCGCAUUACGACCUCCCGCUCACACUUUCCAAGUCCAGCCAACUGAGACGUGCCCGCCGCUCGCCUUACAAAGUGCAGGCGUCGAAGGCCGUCCGACCAGUCAUGGCUGAACCCUCGCCCCCCACACCGCCCGAUAACAAUGCGCCACCGAUGCCGUGGUUCGGCAUGGACAUUGGGGGCACCCUCACUAAGCUGGUCUACUUCGAGCCUAGGGAGACCAACCGACGGGAGUUGGACAAGGAGACGGAGGUGCUGAAGAACAUCAGGCGCUACCUCACCAGGAACUCGGCCUAUGGGAAGACAGGCAGGAGGGAUGUCCAUCUACAGAUGGAGAACGUGACGAUACGCGGCAGGCGCGGCUCGCUGCACUUCAUCAGGUUCCCCACCAGUGAGGUUGGCGCCUUCCUGCAGCUGGCCAAGAUGGAGAACGUGACGAUACGCGGCAGGCGCGGCUCGCUGCACUUCAUCAGGUUCCCCACCAGCGAGGUUGGCGCCUUCCUGCAGCUGGCGCGCUCGAAAGGCAUGGCCGACCUGGUGAACACCAUAUACGCCACCGGCGGCGGUGCCUACAAGUUCGAGGAGGACUUCAAGAAGGAGGUAAACAUGAGGCUCUCGAAGCUGGACGAGCUGGACGCCCUGAUCGCCGGGGUGCUUUUCGUGGACUCGAUGAACGCCCAGGAGUGCUACUACUGGGCGCCGCCAAACGAGCAGCCGGUACACCAGCACCAGACCGACACGCCACCGUACUCCGCCGAGGCGCUUAGCGCCUACGUGCGGAAGCCCUACGACUUCUCCUCGCCGUACCCCUUCCUGCUGGUGAACGUCGGCAGCGGGGUCUCGAUGCUGGUGGUGAACGGCCCCUGCGACUAUUACAGGGUCAGCGGCACCAGCCUCGGCGGCGGCACCUUCCUCGGGCUGUGCUGCCUCCUCACCGGCUGCAGCAGCUUCGAGGAGGCGAUAGCCCUGGCCGCCUCCGGCGACAACACCACCGUGGACAAGCUCGUGCGCGACAUAUACGGCGGGGACUACGCGCGCUUCGGGCUGCCCGGCGACCUGGUCGCGAGCAGCUUCGGGCAGAUGUGCGCGGCCGAGCGGCGCGCGAAGGUCUCCCGCGAGGACCUGGCCCGGGCGACGCUCGUCACCAUCACCAACAACAUCGGCUCCAUCGCCCGCCUCUGCGCCGUCAACGAGAGCAUCGAGCGGGUGGUGUUCUGCGGCAACUUCCUGAGGGUAAACCCGCUCUCCAUGAAGCUGUUGUCGUACGCGAUGAGCUACUGGUCGAGGGGCGCUCUGAAGGCGCUCUUCUUGGAGCACGAGGGGUACUUCGGCGCCGUCGGCUGCCUGCUGCACCUGGACGGCAGCCGGCGGCGGGAGAACGUGUCGCGGCACAGCUCGCCCGCCGCCGCCGCCGCCGAGGCCGGCCACGCGGACAGG